AUGCCUGGACUCUAUACUGGCAGACCUGAGCGGCCGAAGGACAGCGAAGAAAGCAGAGAUGAUACCCGAGAGCUCAAGCACCCUCAGUCCAGAACAAGCAUUGCGGCUACGAUGAAGGACAUGACUACGCCGAUAAGAACAAAUCAGCAACUGUAUCUCACGGGACUGAGAGGAAUAUUGGUCAUCGAAAGCUUUUCAUGGACAUAUUUCGCGACAUUUCUUCCGACUUUGACCUCAAAGAAUACACCUGGUCCAGAAUACCAAGACAUCGUUCGAGAAAUCUUCAGCGUACCGCUCUGGAAUUACAGCUUCAUCUACAACUUUUUCAUCAUCCUGUCAAUGCGGACGAUAGCAGUUUCUUUCCUGGCGAAUCCAACUGGCCAAGCAUAUGCCGCUGCAGUCAUACGACGAAUUGUGCGCAUGGUCAUCAUUCUGUGUGUUGCCUCUGGCAUGGCGACCUUGAUAUUCUCACAGAUCGGGGUCCAGUUCAUCGAUGACUUCAAAUCAAAACUACCAAACCGGUCCAUACAAACCCCUACAAUAGUCUACGAUGGGGGUGCAGCAAUCAACUCUCUCUUCGAUCUAUUUUGGAUUCAGCGGAAAUUUUACACGCAAGCAGCGAACAGCUUCUGGCCAACUGCAACUCUUUGGGUUCCUUCAGUGAUGUACUUCCAGUCUUUCACAGUCUACUUCCUUAUGGUCAUUCUGCCUUUCACGAGACCAAGGUGGCAUAUUAGUGGCCUCUUCUUGUUUGGCUUCGGCUCUUUUUGGAUGGCUUACUGGGGCUGGUAUUCUGCCACAGGACUAAUUUUUGCUUCCAUUGCAACCAACCCUACUCUGAAGGCGGACCUGAAACGAGGAUUCAAAAUCCGCGACGAGUGGCACAUUCCAUACUGGGCUAUUGCGCUGUUCUUCGCAGGCAUUGGCAUUGCGCUCAAAUACGCUUUCAUCAUACGGCCGCAGUACAUGAAUGCAGAACUAGCUCUUCACCCUUACCUGGAUCUCCUUCAGGGUUAUCAAAAGUCUACGUACAUUGAUCAAGGACCCUAUGCCCGUUUUGACGACUGGCUCAUCAUCGUGGCUAUCUUAACAGUCGUCGAAUUGUUCGAUGUCCUUCAAUUCGCACUGUCCUUGAAGCCCCUGGUCUGGCUUGGUGAGCGAUCAUUCAGCAUCUUCACAGCCCAGUGCAUACUCUUUUGGACAGGUGGUAUCAAACUCUGGCUUGUGCUAUAUGAUCAGCAAGGCUUGAGCAAGUCUAGCGCGAACGGUGUGGUCUUUAUUGUGUGCUUGCUCGGUGUCGCCGUUUUCUCCGAGUUGUUCUACACUCUGGUGGAUUUACCAUCCAAGUGGGCAGCUAAAGAGACCUAUCUGUGGCUUGUGCGAUAG